AGGAGGGAGGUGUGCUGCUCUGCUGCUGCGGGAGAGAAAAUCCACUCCAGACAGAUACAUUUCCUCCUCUCCAGCUCGACCAGGAGGCUGCUUUAAAACUUGCAGCCCACAACGCUUUCUUCCUCUCUGCACGCCGACUCUGCAUCAGAGAAGAGGAAGCUCUCCAGACCUCCACCAGCUCAUCCUUUUGUUCUCUGCAGACGCUGUCCCUUUCAUGUCUUCUUAGGGACCUCGAGAGAAUCUGUGCAUCUGCUGGUCAGAUGUGUCUAGAGCGUUUAUAAGUUGAGAUUCAGGGAUUUUUUCUUGGAGUACGUGUUGGAGAGAUGAGGGCUGAGGUGCUGCUCGUCCUGGUGGGCUUGAGCCUCUGCUGCGCUCUGGUGAGUGCUGGAGAAGAUGUGGAGGAGAAGAAACUCUCCAGAGAUCAGAUUCAGGUGAGAGAACCACGAGAUCUGGAGGAGCACGGAGGACAGAAGGAGGACGGGGCUGCUGAAAUGUCAGACGAACCUGCUGAGGUGGUGGAACAGGAGAAGCCCAAGCCGAAGAAGAAGAAAACACCUGAGGAAAUUGAGGCAGCCCGAGCAAAGAAAGCAGCGGAGAAAGAAGCCAAAGCAAAGAAGCAGAAAGCUCCCAAACCCACCAAAAAGCCAAAAGCCCCAAAACCGACAAAGAAACCCAAAGCACCAAAACCCACGAAGAAGCCGAAGGCGCCCAAAGCCACCAAGAAACCAAAGGUGACGACCACGGUGCAGCCGGACGUCGGACAACCGUCUGUGGACGAGGAAGAGGAGCGGCUGCUCAUGGAGCUGGGCUGGGACACACUGAUCAAACCCGUGACCCCGAUGGCCCCAAUGGCCCGUGCAUGGACGGAGCCAGUCGAGCCAGACCUGGAUAGAUACAAUAAGAAAGCAGCAACAACCACUGAGGUCAUCAUGUAUAUACCAGAGGAAACCACGGCCAUCCCGUAUGUCGGUCCCUGGUAUGAAGAGUACGAUUACGCUGACUUGGCUGCUAAGAAACAAGAAGAGGAGGAGGAGAGAGCACGAAAAGAAAAGGCAGAAAAAGCCGAGCGGCUGAGGAAGAAGUGGGAGGAGGAGGAAGAGGAGAGGCUGAAGCAGAUCUCUGUUCCCACAGAGCCAAAGAAGUGUCCUCCUCUGGGCCUGGAGUCCCACCGCGUGGAGGACGACCAGCUGCUGGCUUCCUCUCAGGCCGGCCACGGCUUCACGGCUCAGAGGGGCCGCCUCAACAUGCAGGGCUCUGAUAACGAGGACGACCUGUACGGCGGAGGCUGGUGUGCCGACCCAGAGGACAGGACGCACUGGUUUGAGGUGGACGCACGCAGAGAGGUGGAGUUCACCGGCGUCAUCACUCAGGGGAGAAACUCAGAGCAGCUGGAGGAUUUCAUGUCCUCGUAUUUUGUGGCAUUCAGUAACGACAGCCGUGAUUGGACAACACUUGAUGACGGCUAUGCUGAAUGGCUGUUCUACGGGAACGUGGAUAAGGACACGCCAGUGAUGAGUCAGUUUGCGACGCCUGUGGUGGCGCGCUACAUCCGCAUCCUGCCUCAGAGCUGGAACGGCAGCUUGUGUCUGAGAGCCGAGGUGCUCGCCUGCCAGCUGCCCAGCAGCUACCGCAGCGAGAACGAGGUCAACCCGUCAGAUGACCUCGACUUCAGACACCAUAACUACAAGGAGAUGAGACAGAUGAUGAAGGUGAUAAACGAAGAGUGUCCCAACAUCACCAGGAUCUACAACAUCGGUAAAAGCUCUCAGGGUCUGAAGAUGUACGCCAUGGAGAUCUCGGACAACCCCGGAGAGCACGAGACCGGUGAGCCUGAGUUUCGGUACAGCGCUGGUCUCCAUGGUAACGAGGCUCUGGGUCGAGAGCUUCUCCUGCUGCUGAUGCAGUUUCUGUGCAAAGAGUACAACGACGAGAACCCCAGAGUGCGCCGCCUGGUGGACGGAGUGAGGAUACAUCUGGUGCCUUCACUCAACCCCGACGCCUACGAGCUGGCCUUCGAGAUGGGUUCGGAGAUGGGGAACUGGGCUCUGGGCCACUGGACCGAAGAAGGUUACGACAUCUUCCAGAACUUCCCGGACCUGAACAGCAUCCUGUGGGGCGCCGAGGACCGAGGCUGGGUCCCUCGCAUUGUGCCCAACCACCACAUCCCCAUGCCAGAAAACUUCCUCAACGGCUCUCUCGCAACUGAAACAAGAUCCAUCAUUUCCUGGAUGGAGCGCACACCGUUUGUGCUGGGAGCUAAUCUGCAAGGAGGAGAAAAACUGGUGGCAUACCCUUUCGAUAUGCAGCGUCCGCCAGUAUCUUUGACCGACAGCCGGCGUUGGAGAGGAAACUCCGACAUGAAUGAGGAGACGUGGGCUCGCAUCCAGCGGCAGAACGAGGGAUCUCUGAGGGAGACGGCAGACGACGCCAUGUUCCGGUGGUUGGCGAUGUCGUACGCCCACAGCCAUCUGACCAUGACGGAGACCUACAGAGGCUCCUGCCACGGGGAUGACAUCACUGCUGGGCAGGGCAUUGUCAACAGAGCCAGCUGGAAACCGGUGGUGGGCAGUAUGAAUGACUUCAGCUACCUGCACACCAACUGCUUUGAGCUUUCCAUCUUCUUGGGCUGCGACAAGUUUCCCCAUGAGAGUGAGCUGCCGCUGGAGUGGGAAAACAACCGCGAAGCUCUGCUGUCCUUCAUCGAACAAGUAAAUCGAGGGAUAAAAGGCGUAGUGAGAGACGUGGAGGGAAACCCGAUUGGUAACGCCACCGUCUCUGUGGAGGGAAUACGCCACGACGUCAGAACUGCUGUCGGUGGAGAUUACUGGCGCCUGUUGAAUCCCGGCGAGUACAGGGUGAUGGCCAAAGCGGACGGCUUCACGCCUCAGACCCGCCUAUGCAUGGUCGGCUACGACUCCGGCGCCACGUCCUGCAGCUUCACUUUGGCCAAAUCCAACUGGGACCGCAUCAAGCAGAUCAUGGCGCUGAACGGGAAGCGGCCGAUCCGACUGGUCCCCAAGGUGACCGUGGUGAAGACGACAGCUGCCACCAGCCCCGCGCCCACCACCAUCGACAGCCACGCCGCCGCUCAGAACGUAGAGCGGCUCCGGCGGCUCCGGAUCAUGCGUUUACGGCGGCUGCGUCAGCAACGGUUACGAGCCGGUCAAGGCUUCAUUCCCACUAGAACAACAACAACAACAACAACAACAACAACUACAACCACAACGACAACGACAACAACAGCGCCUACAACAAGAAAAACAGAGAAAACGACCUCCUGGUACGACUCCUGGUUUCCGGUGGACAGUUGGAUGACGGAGAACCCAUUCGAUAGCGUCGGUUUCGACUCGGUGCCCACACAGGACUAUCCCUUCGAAUUCACGAUCGAUUGAUUUCCACACACAUCCAUGUAAAACCUACUAACCACUUCAGUUUGCUGCAACAUCACAGCUUUAAAAUAAAACACACAACACAACGACGGUUGUUCAGUAUUUAGGUUUCACUUUUCGGGCAGUGAAUGUGACUUUGAGGGAAUAAGAUAAAUGUGUUGUUGGUUUUUUGGGGAAAAUUCUUGGCAGAGAAUUGAUCUGGAAUAGAAAGCUUCUGCUGAGCAGAGACGAUGCAGCACCAGUUUGAUAAAUAAACAAAGAAUAAACAGCACGUCACGACACAAACAGGAUAUGAUUCGGUGCCUCCUCCAUUAGAAAUGUAUGCAUAUCUAUAUGUUUCUUUAAUGGCUUUACGGUGUGAUUGCUGGCCUCAGUUAAACUGAUUUAAUGUACUGCUGAAUGCAUUUGAUUAAAAUGAAGUUAUUUUCUAAAUAACCGGAGUCUGUGUCUCACUCUGUGGUUCAGAAUAGGUCAGUAACAGGACUUAAAGAUCUUAAUAUGAACAGAAAAAGAGGCAAAUGAGGAAAAAGAAAGUCUGAUCUAACUUGUUUACUCUUCUGUGUUUAUGACUUAAGAACAUAUGAGAAAAGGUUUUGGAAUUUUUCUACGUUUCUUAAAUUUUUAUAAUGUGUGAAACAGGUGGAAAAAAGUUUCUCCUGUUGAAAAAAACCAUUUUAUUUGCAGGAUGAUUUUUUUUGUCAUGGCUAACGGCAGAUUAGAUUAAAAGUAGUUUUCUAGCCGGAUGAAAGACAGAACUAAUGAUUCAUAACUAAUAUCUGCACCUUUUGUUCAGAGUAAAUGGAGUAACUACAACUUUUUGUCUUAAUUAUAUCAUGCAGUGGCCUCUUGUGGCCACA